UCGAGUUAACAUCGUAGUAGUUGCUAAAUAACAAAAAAAUAAAAAAAUAAUAUUAAAAAAGUUUCUCUCUUCUCUCUCGUCUCAACAACAAACACGGUACAUAUCGUAUGAUUUUGAUAUUUUAAUUAAUAGUCAAACACCGGUGAUUCAAUAAUAUUCAUAAUAAUAACAAUUACAGUCGUUACAAGAUCCGUUAUGUCAUGUCUUGUGGAUUAAAUCAUUGCAGCGCGUCAUAAUUUGUGCAAAUAAAAUAAUUUGUAAAUUCAUCAACAUAUAUGUUGUGUGUUUUGUCUCCGGAAUCGCGAGUGUUUUUCUCACAAACAACAUUGUAUAGACAAGUAACAGACAAACUUAAAUAAAAAAAUUUAAUAAAUAAACUGUGUCGCUGACUGUUGAAAAAAAAAUUAAGUAAUUUAAUUUUAAUUACAAACCCUACAAAAAUAUCAUAUAGUGAAGAACAACAACAAAUAAAAAAUAAGUAGCUUAAAAUAAAAAUAUAAAACAACAACAACAAUGAUGAGCCCUUCUACGUUGCAAAUAGUAAUAAGUAAUCGCCUAUCCUUAAUUAUAACGUUGUUUAUGACAGUCAAUUACAGUUUUGCGGAGCAAUGUGGCCAAGAAGAGUUAGCAAAGUGUGCGAGUUCGCUGGAGAAGCUGCAGUCAACGUCAGACUUGUCCAUUGCUAAAAGUAAAGAGGAGUUGGAUUUGUUGUGUCCCGACUUAACUCAAGGUCUCCAUUGUAUACGAAGCUACACAAGACGCUGCAUGACGCUGUCCCAACGAGAUCACUUCAACAAAUUGUACCACGGAACAGCUCAAGUUAUCAAAGAUUUGUGCAACAGUGGUCAAUAUCAAGACGAAUUCCUCCGUCACUCACCAUGUCUCGAUCGCGUUCGCAACAGUUACGAAAUAUGUGCGCGCCAAUACCAAAACACCAUGGCACUCAUCAGUCAAGGCGGUGCCGAAGAAAAUCCUCAUCCCCAAAGCCAAGAUCACCAUCAAAUGCGCAACAACACACGCAACGAAGCCGAAGACGUUCGAAAUAUUUGUUGCUCCUUCCGACAAUACCUCGAUUGUUCACAGCAUGCAGCUCGUAGGGAGUGUGGCGAGAGCACAGGACGCUUCAUUCGCGAAUUUCUCGAUCGCAUGGGCAAUUCCCUCAUAAAAAUGUACUGCACGGAAUAUCAGUUGGGAACGGAAAAGUGUUACGGUUACUCGGCAGCUGGACAAAGCUCAAGUGUGAGUUUAUUUGUGACACUGACGACACUUUUGAUCAGCACAUUCUCGUUCAUGAGAUAAAAAGACUUUCUUUUUUUUGUUAAGUAAAGAUAAAAUAAUUGAUUAAUUGAUAGGACGAUUGUUUAAAGAUGUAAUAAUUGAUAAAUAAUUAUUGAAUAAUUGUAAAGCAGACGUUGUUAAGUAAGAUAAUUUAUUUAGUAUUAGAGAAAGACGCAAAAAAAAGAGAUUAAAAUUUGUCAUUAAUUAAUUCGAGAGCAAUACCCGAUUCCAUCCACUACUUUUACUGAGUGUAUAGUUGCAAUUUUAUGUUCGCAUAAUUUCUAAUUAAGCACAGUAAAUCCGUUCCAUUAUCGUUAAAAAUUAUAUAGAGGAAAUGUUCGUUUAAAUUGUGAACAAAAAUUAAUCUAAAGCUUAUGUAAAUUUAUUAGACAUAGUUUUGUUGAAGAUUUUCAGCGCUACGAUUCUCGAACGAAAAUUGAUCAGAACCCAAUUUUUUUUUUCAACAAAACUGAUGAAAAAUUGAAUAAAAUUGUAUAUUAUGUAACGUAGUUAAAAAAUAUUUGUUAAG